ACAUGAGCAGAGAUCUGUUUACAAACUAAGGCUGGGAGGCUGAGGUAGCGAGAAACACAGCAGCUAACACUCUGGGACAACGAUAGCCUUGCUUCACACACACACACACACACACACACACACACACACACACACACACACACACACACACACACACACACACACACACACAAACACAUAGAUAAUGCUCCACCCUACACCCAGUCCAGAGAGAGCAAGGAAUUCUGGAUGAACUGCAAUCAGCCAUUGUGGGUUUUUGUUUUCCACUUCAAGGACUGAGGGACCAGAUGGUUUGAGGUGGCAAGAAAACACUCCCCCAUACAGGCUGCAUAUACACUCAUACAUCAACCACACACAUUCUACAGACCGAUCAUUCGCCGUUCGAGGGUUUGUAUGAGGAUGUUUUUGUGUUCUUUUUCUUCUUCUUCUUUUUUUUGGAGGGGCCCUGCGUAAGGAAUACCUCUGACGAAUCAGCCAUUUUCGGUAAGAGACAAAGAGGAGGACUUUCCAAGAAGCAGAAUGACAUCAGAUGGACAAUGCUUGUCGAAAUCUAUUAGAUCAUUCAGGAGCUGGACAAAGACCAUUUCAUAAUGAGGAUACGUCCUCGUAUCUGAAGUGUGGCCUCGGUUCGAGUCCUUUGUUUUUGUUUUCUCUUCCAACACCAGGAAGGAUCUUGAAACAUCACCAGACCUUGUACGAGACUCCACGAGAUAAGACAUACAUAUCUUAUAGGAUACUGAACUUCUUUUGUGUGUGUGUGUGUGUGUGUGUGUGUGACACUGAAGUCUGAGGGGUCUGAGAUUUCUUCAGUCUGUGUCACUUUAAUACUCCAAUCGAGUCCUUCUCCAAACACAGGAAACGAGUAUGAAGGACACGACGUGGUCUCUUUGUCUUUGUGGACGCGCGAUUACGAUCGAGAGCAAACGAUGACAACAAAAACGACGUCAAAACACGAUUGGAGCGUCAAAGCCAAAUAACUUCCACAACAAAAAACAAAACAAAAACGCGAGGUCUCAUCUACAAUCUCCCGGAACAGGAUCUCUGAAAGCUCUGGGAUUGAACACAAGCGUAAACGGAGUGCUAAAAGUUGCCUCUGUGGAAUAGGACUGCAGCAUUCACACUGCGAUAUGUCGUCCGAAGACCUGUACCAUUUGCCACUCAACGUCUAUGUCAUCGUGCUGGGCAUCGGCUUGUUCAUCUUUAUGCUCAGUGUCAUCUUUUGUUGCUAUCUGUUCAGGUUGAAGCAACAAGACACAAGACAACAGUACAGCUACAAUGAGGUGGUGCUGAAAGGGGCAGGGAAGAAGCUGAGUCUUCUCGGACAACCCUGUGCAGUGUGUCUGGAGGAAUUUAAAGCCCGGGAUGAGCUGGGCGUGUGUCCAUGUUCACACACCUUCCAUAAGAAGUGCCUGCUGAAAUGGCUGGAGAUUCGCAGUGUUUGCCCCAUGUGCAACAAACCCAUCAUGCGACUGCACAACACACCCCGUGGAGCAGAGGGCCCACAAGACCCUGAGGAGGUGUGAUCAUACUUCCAAAAAAAAAUAUAUAUAUGUAUAUCUAAAAGGAAAAAAAAAAAAUGGCACAACCCCAAAAACGUUGGGCCACGCCCGUGGUUAUGGUCUCUACAACUGCCGUAUUUGGACCAGACGAGAGGUGAACAGACGGAACACACAACUCCUUAUGCACCAAACCCUUGGAGGCCUAAUGGACUUGAGACGUAGCACCUGAUUGGCACGAAACAAGACUAUAUGCCAUUUAUUUGACUUUGUGAUUAAGACCAAUGUUAAAUCGCAAGGUGUGAGAAGUGUAUUAAGGGUGAGGUGAGAGUGAGGCCAGGGGCAAUAAGCAGGUAAACACAUCUCAGUGGUUCAGUCUCUCGAGAUGCCACUAAGCAACUAAUGAGAAACAACACUGAACUGCAGCAAGUGUGUGACGAGCACAGUUCAAAAACACAGCGUGUAACUAAACAGACAGAAAAGAAAUGCAUGAUAAUCCGUCUGUUUUGGCCUGGAGUUUAAAGGCUAUAGUAUGUAGAUAAAAUGUGUUGUUCUGUUCGAAAGGUACCGUGAGUCUUUAUCGGGCUUUGUAUAGUGAUUAAAAGAAGAAAUAUGACGAUAUGAGCUAAUAAUCAGCAGUUAAACUGUACUUCCCUAUUAUUGAGUAUGUAUCAGGGCCAACCCGUUGCCACUUUUUUUAUUUUGUAUUUUUUUUUUUUGAAUAAAAUGUUUUGUGGAUAAAA